CCGCAGGCAGUCUCCUCUCCGCUCACCGGUCCUAUGCGCUCCGUGGCAGCUGUAGCCGGGCUGGUCGGUAAAAUCGAUGUGGAAUCAAUAACCAAAGGAGAACCUCAGAAAGCAGGUUUUUUACUGGAUGAGGGAUGCGCCAAAAUAUCAAUUAUAACCCUUCAGUGUUCAUUUGAGCAUCGUUUAGUUCUGAAGCGAAUUCGGGCUUCUCUGUCGCGUGUGACCGAUUCGGACGCCGCUCUUGCGGAAGCGCAGGCUAAGUUGUCUCCGCGGAGAAUGAAAUAAACGCGCCAAACGGCAUGGAGACGGAUCGCGUGAAGUUGACGGUGGCCGUGCUGUGUGCGGCGGUCUCGCUGGCAGUUGGGACCAUUGAAGCCCCCGGGGAGUUCAUGUCCCUGGCGGAGAUGGAGGACGCCCUGCUGCGGAACCUCUUCCGGGGGUACCAGAAGUGGGUCCGGCCCAUCCUGCACGCCAACGACACCAUCACCGUGCGCUUCGGGCUGAAGAUCUCCCAGCUGGUGGACGUGGAUGAGAAGAAUCAGCUCAUGACGACCAAUGUCUGGCUUUGGCAGGAGUGGAUGGACUUCUAUGUGUGACCUGGACUAGGGAUCACCUCCUGUUGUGUGUAAACUGGGCCUAUAUUCAUAAAGAAUCCCGACAUCGUGCUGUAUGAGAAUGCGGACGGGCGUUUCGAGGGCUCCCUGAUGACCAAGGCCAUCGUGCGGGCCAACGGGACCAUCAUGUGGACCCCCCCAGCCAGCUACAAGUCGGCCUGCACCAUGGACGUGACCUUCUUCCCCUUCGACCGGCAGAACUGCUCCAUGAAGUUCGGGUCCUGGACCUACGACGGGAACAUGGUGGACCUGGUGCUGGUGGACGACCACGUGGACCGCAAGGACUUCUUCGACAACGGCGAGUGGGAGAUCCUGAACGCCACGGGCGCCAGGGGAACCCGCCGGGACGGGCUCUACUCCUACCCCUUCCUCACCUACUCCUUCAUCCUCAAGCGGCUGCCGCUCUUCUACACGCUCUUCCUCAUCAUCCCCUGCCUGGGGCUGUCCUUCCUCACCGUGCUGGUCUUCUACCUCCCCUCCGACGAGGGCGAGAAGCUGUCCCUCUCCACCUCCGUCCUGGUGUCCCUCACCGUCUUCCUGCUGGUCAUCGAGGAGAUCAUCCCGUCCUCCUCCAAGGUCAUCCCGCUCAUCGGCGAGUACCUGCUCUUCAUCAUGAUCUUCGUCACCUUCUCCAUCAUCGUCACGGUCUUCGUCAUCAACGUGCACCACCGCUCGUCGGCGACCUACCACCCGAUGGCGCCGUGGGUGAAGAGCCUGUUCCUGCAGCGGCUGCCCAGGCUGCUGUGCAUGCGCGGGCACACCGACCGCUACCACUACCCCGACAUCCAGCUGCGCAGCCCCGAGCUCAAGCCGCAGAGCCGCCGGCAGCAGCAGAGGGCGCUGGUGAGCAAGGAGGACGAGAACCACGCCUGGCUGGCCAUGCUGGAGAAGGCCACCAGCUCCGUGCGCUACAUAUCCCGCCACAUCAAGAAGGAGCACUUCAUCAGAGAGGUCGUGCAGGACUGGAAGUUUGUGGCUCAGGUGCUGGACCGGAUCUUUCUGUGGGCCUUCCUCACGGUGUCCAUACUGGGCACCAUCCUCAUCUUCACUCCAGCGCUCCAGAUGUACUUAAGCACCCCUCCCUGAGCCCCGCCCCCCCACCACGCACCCUGUCCUGACCCCACCCCCAUGGCACACCACGUCCAAUCACAAUGAGGCAAGAGGGUGUUACCAGGGGAACCAGCUCUGGCCUGUCCCAGCACAUCCGUCUGUAGUUUAAAGGGUUUUAAAGGGUGGACCAGUUGUAUUAUAUACUGUAAUAAAAAGAGCACUUUCCAUUGAGUCUUGGCUGUAAAAUAUUUUGAAUACCUGAGUUGAUCCAAUAUUUGUAUAAAUGUGCUUGUUUUUUAUUUGAAUGACUAUCAUUCUUUUUUUUUUAAAGUCUGAAAUUAUCCGCAUACCUGUGACCGACACCAUCGCCAUGUCAACUGAUGGACACAUGAUCCCAAUCACCAAUUACAGCGAAGAAAGAGAGGAGGGCGGGGCUACAGAUUGUCAGGUGUGCUGCUUUGAUAAGGGGGACUUCUGCAUCACAGACACUGGUUUCCUGCUCACUCAGCCUCUUUCCCACACUAACUGUCUCUCACUGGUGUGUGGUGAGCAUUCUGGCACAAAAUGGCUGCCGUGCAUCACCCAGGUGAGUGCUCACAUUGGUGGUGGGUGAGGUGAGUUUCCCCCUCAUCGCUGUAAAGCGCUUUGAGUCCUUGAGCAGUGAGCAAAGCGCUUCAUUAGUGAACGGAAUUAUUCAUUGUUAUUAAUUAUUAUUGUGUCCUCCUGGAGGUGUUUUCUUUUUUGCCUGCUACAUAAAUGUAAAUGUUUCUGUAAAAAAAUCUACUAUCGAGCAUGUUGUUAUUUAAAUAAUAAAAAUGUCUGUACCUCCA